AUGGCGUCCUUCGGCAAUCCCACACAGAUCUUUGCCGACGAUGUCGUCGAGGAGAAGGGUGAGAACGCCCGUCUGUCCGCCUUUGUGGGCGCCAUCGCCGUCGGAGACCUCGUGAAGAGCACGCUGGGCCCGAAGGGCAUGGACAAGAUCCUACAAUCUGCGUCGACCGGCGAUAUCCUCGUGACAAAUGACGGUGCUACGAUUCUCAAGUCAAUCGCUUUGGACAACGCUGCGGCGAAGGUCCUGGUCAAUAUUUCCAAGGUUCAGGACGAUGAAGUGGGUGAUGGCACAACCUCUGUCACCGUGCUGGCCGCCGAGCUCCUGCGCGAGGCCGAGAAGUUGGUCAGCAGCAAGAUCCAUCCCCAGACCAUCAUCGAAGGUUACCGGAUCGCCAGCCGGGCUGCCCUCGCCGCUCUCGAGUCAGUAGCCGUCGACCGCAGCCAGGACCCAGAGUCUUUCCGCAAGGACUUGCACUCGAUCGCCCGCACGACUCUUAGCUCCAAGGUGCUGGCCCAAGAUCGGGACCACUUUGCUCGGUUGGCUUGUGAGGCCGUUUUGCGUCUCAAAGGCUCGACCGACCUCAGCCACAUCCAAGUGAUUAAAAAGGCGGGUGGAAAGCUGAGCGACUCCUACCUCGACGAGGGUUUUAUUCUGGACAAGAAGAUCGGUGUCAACCAGCCCAAGCGACUGGAGAAUGCCAAGAUCCUCGUGGCCAACACCGCCAUGGAUACGGAUAAGGUCAAGAUCUUUGGAGCUCGGGUCAAAGUCGAGUCAACAGGCAAAUUAGCCGAGUUGGAGAAGGCAGAGCGCGAGAAGAUGCGUGCCAAGGUGGAGCGGAUCAAGGCUCAUGGCAUCAACUGCUUCGUCAACCGCCAACUCAUCUACAACUGGCCGGAGCAGCUGUUCACCGAAGCCGGGAUCAUGUCCAUUGAGCACGCCGACUUUGAUGGCAUUGAGCGCUUGGCGCUGGUGACGGGCGGCGAAAUCGCCUCCACCUUUGACCACCCGGAUCAGGUGAAGCUCGGCGGGUGCGACCUGAUCGAGGAGGUGAUCAUUGGCGAGGACACCCUGAUCAAGUUCUCUGGUGUGGCCGCCGGCCAGGCGUGCACCAUCGUGCUCCGCGGCGCCACAGAGCAGCUGCUGGACGAGGCCGAGCGAUCGCUCCACGACGCCCUGGCCGUGCUGUCUCAGACGAUCAAGGACCCCCGUGUUACGCUUGGCGGUGGGUGCGCCGAGAUGGUUAUGGCCAAGGCCGUGGAACAGGCUGCGCAGAACACCACUGGCAAGAAGCAGCUGGCAGUGGAUUCCUUUGCCCAGGCGCUAAAGCAGCUGCCAACCAUCCUGGCGGACAAUGCUGGACUGGACUCGAGCGACCUGGUGACCCGCCUGCGUCAGGCAAUCAACAACGGCAUGACCAGCUCCGGGCUGGAUCUGCUGACGCCCGGCGGUGGCAUUGCGGACAUGCGUGAACUCGGCGUGGUGGAGGCCUACAAGUUGAAGAAGGCGGUGGUGUCGUCGGCUUCGGAGGCCGCUGAGGUAUGUCCACUCUUCCCUCUGCUAUUUGGAUUGUAUAUGUACUAA